CUAGACUGCCCCCAUUAUCAAGUUCCCCCCACACACCCCAUUACAGUCACUGUCCAUCAGCGUAGUAAGAUGCUAUAGGAUCAAGUAGUCACCUAUUUUUAAUAGAAGAAAUUAAAAUACGUUGGUAUACCAAUGACGAUAAUACAGAGAGUGUGAUGGAGAAAAUGGGGAGAAUGGCUGGGACUAUAUCUUAGAGAAAAUGAGAGACGAUAGGAUUCCGUCCACAAUUGUAAGAAUAGCUCUUAGUAGGCAGUUUAUACACAGUCAAUAGCAGAGAGGCAAGUAGGUGGGUAAAGGAGGUGAUGUGAACUUGUGAGUUUAUUGAGCCCCUCGAUUUUCUUAGUGAAAUAGGAAGCAAAGUCAGUAGUCAAGAGUAAGGAUGGAGAAGGAAGUGAUGGAAGUUUGAUGCGAGGAGAAAUAGGGCAUAUUCUUUAGGUUGGUGGACGAGGCCCACAGGGGUAUUUGUAACUAAGUUGAGAAGACUGUACAGAGCUACAUUUUGCCUUGCGAGAUUAGUCCCUCCGGGCGCUCCGUAGUCUGCAGUGCGUUUCCUUGGAGAUGGAGACAGGAGGGAAAGCUCCUGGUCUUGCUGGGAAGUUUGAGGGGCCUGGGUUACCGCGCGAUCCACGCUGAGACCGGGAAGUUGGAGACGCCGAAUAAAUAGACAUCCGAAGAGAUCAGGGCCCCACGGAGUAAACUACUCUUUACCCAUUUUCCCCAAUGGCGCAGGUCUUUCCGAAACCUAGCUACUCUGGGAUUCGCUCCACAGUCCACAAAUUCCAGAUUCUGGAUUAUGUUACAUGGCAACGGCCCAAGGCGAAAACCAACUCAUCUACUCUGCUUCCAGUCCUACAAACCAGCCACCUCAAGAAAAGCAAAAUGAAGACUUUGCCUAGCAUCCAGCCAGGGUUACAUUCCAAGCCCACCAUGUUGAUGACAAGCCAGCCGAGGAAUCCACGAGAACCACACAGAAGGAAGUUGGACCCCGGGAACACACAGGCCCAAAUCCGCCUAUUGAAGACGUUGCUCAGGAACCGGCAAGCCUCACUCCAGGAGCUCUGCAACCAUCAGGACGUCCUCAUCAGGCUCAACCAGGAGCUGAUCAAGACCAUCCAGGACGCAGAGGACAGCUCGGUGCUACAAGUGCGCGCUAUGCUGCAGCAGCAGGACGUCCUCGCGACCAUCAUCGACAUCUUGGAGCACUCGAGCAAGGACAGGCUGCAGCAGUUGAAUUGUGAACUUCAGGAGUGGGAGGAGAAGGAGGAAUCCAAACUGAGCUACCUGCAGCAGCAGGUGGAGCAGCUGAAUGCCAAAAUCGAGAAGACCCAAGAGGAAGUGAGAUUUCUGAGCACUUAUAUGGACCAUGAGUAUCCUGUCAAGUCGGUCCAGAUUGCCAACCUUUUACGCCAGCUGCAGCAGAUAAAGGACAACCAGCAGGAUGAGUUGGACGACCUUAACAAGAUGCGCAAAAUGGUCCUGGGGUCUUUGUCUGAACAGAUCCAUAAGAAGAAGAAAAACCUUCUGAGGUGUCUGGUGAUGAAAACCCAGUAUCCUCAUCAGGAGGCUCUUCUCCAGAAGACCCGGGAUAGCCAGGAGAUGCUGAAAUGCAUGGGCAAGUUGAGAGACUUUAUCAAGCUUUUCCAGGAGGAAAUACCCGUGUUGGAGGCCGAGGUGGAACAGCUGCAAGUCCAGAUCCAGGAACCCCGAGAGGUUGUAUUUGCAGAUGUUCUGCUUCGGAGACCCAAGUGCACCCCAGACAUGGACGUCGUCCUCAGCAUCCCUGUGGAAGAGCUGCUACCAUUCUAGAUGGCAGGGCCAUGGCCCCCCUCCGUCACUCCUGCUCUGGCCUCGACACCUGGAGCCUUGAACCAUCGCCUUCCAAGACCACAUCCCCACUCACACCUUGGUCUGCAGUUCCCUCCUCCCUCUCUCCUUUCUGGUUGGUUCUGCUGCUUGGGUUAGAUGGGAAUUCACAGUCAAGCCUACCAUUUCUUUUUGCUAAUAAAGCUGGAUUUGCAUUU